AUGGAUGGAGAUAGUGCCGCUGGACCAGACGGAUUUACAAGAAAAUUUUUUAUGAAGGCCUGGGAAGUGGUGGCUCACGAUGUGUACAAGAUGGUUGUGAGUUUCUUCUGUGGUGCUGAACUAUCGCGGUUCAUUACGGCUACGUCUAUUGUUCUUUUGCCCAAGGUCAUGAAUCCUAAGGACUUUACUCAGUUUUGUCCUAUUAGUGUGAGUAAUUUUUUGAAUAAAGUUAUUUCUCGGAUUUUGGUGGGGAAGUUGUCUGGUGUGUUACCUCGGCUCAUUUCUCCUCAGCAAAGUGGUUUUGUUAAAGGACGGUCAAUUACGGAUAAUUAUUUGCUGGGUCAGGAGCUGAUGUCGGAGAUGGGAAGGAAGUGUAGAGGGGGAAUUUGGUGUUGA